GCUCAGCUUCACAGCGCAGGCCGAUCACAUCCUCAACAAAAUCCACCAAGGCUCCAGUUGCUUGCGCGCGGUCCUCGUCGCUGCCUUGGGGACCUCCGCUUAUCCUUAAAUACGCUUUGCGACGUCCACGGUGCAUCUUGCGUUCUUUCACCUUGGACACACGACCACCCCAGCUCCCCUGGCCUCCCUUCGGCUGUACCUUCAAGGACGCGCCGCGCAGCAGCUAUGUUAGAUCCCUUCCCAGCCGUUCCCCAGUGGGCCUCAAAGGCGACGGUGCCGCUGGCGGAUUAUUUCGCACUGCCUACACUCCCGCUACACAUUCAUGAGGUGAUCGGCGCCGCUCUCUUCUACUACUUCGUCCAGACUCGAGUGUCGCCAUGGUUGUCCCCCAAACUCUCACCCAAGCACUAUCCGAACCUCAACCCAAGGACGAAGCUGAACUGGGAUGUGCAUGUGGUAUCACUCGUGCAGUCAGUUCUGGUCUGCGCUAUAGCUGUGUACGUCAUGCUCUAUGAUGACGAGAGGAGGAAUAUGAAUACGGAGGAGAGGGUUUGGGGAUACACUGGCGGUACCGGCUUGGUAGAAGCCAUGGGACUCGGAUACUUUGUAUACGAUCUGUGGAUCACCGUGCAGAACAUCGGUAUGUUCGGUAUUGGCAUGCUGUUCCAUGCCAUCUCUGCCUUGACCGUCUUCAGCUUUGGCUUCAGACCAUUUGUGAACUACUAUGCGCCGGACUUCAUCCUUUACGAGCUUUCUUCGCCCUUUCUCAACAUUCACUGGUUCUGCGAUAAGCUUGACAUGACCGGGUCGACCGUCCAGCUCAUCAAUGGCAUAUUUCUCAUCACAACAUUCAUAAGCUGCCGCCUCGUCUGGGGCACCUAUGCCAGCUACCGCGUCUUCCGAGAUGUGAUCGCAGCCUACAGGGGAACGAUACCCGCCACUGAAGGAGCUAGUAGCCUGGAGCUUAUGCGCUACGCUGGCAAGAAGGAGGCGCCGCUGUGGUUAUGCUUUACGUACGCUGCCAGUAACGUUACCCUCAAUUCUCUGAACUGGUAUUGGAUCAACAAAAUGAUCGCCACGAUCAGAAAGAGAUUUGAUCCUCCCUUCGGCACAAGGAAACCGGAGGAAAAACCGAAGGCCGACUACGAUGUUGCUAGAGGCGUAUAUGCUGAUGGCACAAAGACAGUCGAGGUGGAUGCUACGCUUAGAAGACGUCCGACGGUACAGAGGAACCUCACAGAACUUCCUGUAGCAUAGAGCAUAACAUGUGAAGGAAAUCAUCUGGAUUAAGAGUCUAGAAGUGUCUGAGAAGCAUAUAGUCUUAUGGUAGGCAUGUUAAACUUAUUUGCUGUUCAAGCGCGCUGAAGGUUCGGGAAUAAUGUUCGCUCUAUUUGUGAUUGAAUAUAAAUUGAAUUACAGAAGAAUCCAUUGUGAUACAAGC